AUGGCAUCAUACAAGUCAUCGUCAAGAGAAAGAUAUCGCUCGCCUUCACCAUCUAGCAAACGACGAAAACACGACCAUUAUAGAGAACGAUCAUCGAGAAGCCGCAGCUCCAGCAGAGAUCGCUCCCAUCGUCACCGAUCUUCGCAUCGUACGUCCUCUCACCGCAGCUCUCGCCAUUAUGACGAUCGCUAUUCCUCACGUCGUGACACCACUCGUCAUGCAUCCCCACGUCGUCACCGUGAUCGUUCAAGCAGUAUAGAAGCACGUAACCGCUCGUCUACAGCAACAACACCUACUCAAACGACACCAAGUAAAGAAGAAACAACAACAUCGACUCAAGAGACAUCUAAUACCGCCACUGCUGCCUCAGAUACCAAAGCGGUUGAUAAGGACGAAUUGACUCGACAACGUCUCGAGAAGAUUGAACGAUGGAAACGUGAACAAGCAGCCAAAAAAGCUGCUGCAGAAGAGGAAAAGAAAAAGCAACAAGAACAGCAACAGCAACAAGAAGAAGAACAACGUAAAGCAGCUCAAGAAAAGAUGGAUACAACACCCGAUCAAUCCACCACAGAGACAACAUCACAGCAACAACAACAAGAAGAGGCAUCAUCAAAAGAGACCGAGAAACAAUGGAAUUUGGAGGAUGAUAAAGAGGAUGGAGCAAUGGAGGUCGACCAUGAUACCAGCACUGAUAUUGGAGAUUUCAAACCAUUAAAGAGAAGCGACAACGACGACGAUGAAUCAGCCAAAGAAUCGUUCAAACCAAAACCAUUGUUGGCACAACCAUCACAACCACAACGAGCAACGUUUACAUUUGGCAGCAAACAAUCAACCAGCAAACCAUCGAAUGGUAUGAUGACCCUUAAGACAAAGACGACUGGAAGUAGUGGUGGCAGUGGUAUGCGAAUUGGACUCGGCAAGGGAAUGAUGAUGGGGAAAGCAUCGAAUGCUGCAGCGAAAACCGCCAAACCCAAGGUGGUCGAGACAAAGAAGCAAGAGGAUACGGCAAUGGAAGACACCGAUGUUGAUCCACUUGAAGCUUAUAUGAUGGAUGUCACUGCUGAAGCACGCAAGAUCAAUGAAGAGGAUAAGAGACGUAUGCAGGAAAUGCAAUCAGCCAAUGAGAGUCGUAUGGAUGUUGAUGAAGAAGAAGGACGUGAGCAAGCUGAGGACAAGGAUGAAGAGUAUGGUAGUGAUCCAGAAGAUAUCUUGGCAAUGGCAGCCAAGCGAGCUAAAAAGAAGGACCUUGCAGCCGUGGAUCAUUCUCAAAUGGAUUACGAACCUUUUCGCAAGAACUUUUAUAUUGAACCACCAGAGUUGCGUGAGAUGACACCAGAUCAAGUGGAUAUGCUGCGUAUUGAGUUGGAUGGUAUCAAGAUUCGUGGUGUCAAUUGCCCAAAACCGAUUCAAAAAUGGACGCAUUGUGGAUUACCAGCUGGAUGUUUGGAAGUGAUUCGUCGACUCAAGUUUGAAAAGCCUACAUCCAUUCAGGCACAAGCCAUCCCUGCCAUUAUGAGUGGACGUGAUGUGAUUGGUGUUGCAAAAACUGGAUCCGGCAAAACGAUUGCUUUUCUACUGCCCAUGUUUCGACACAUCAAAGAUCAACGACCUUUGGAGCCUGGCGAAGGCCCUGUGGCUGUGAUCAUGACGCCUACUCGUGAACUUGCCACACAAAUUCAUCGUGAAUGCAAACCUUUCCUCAAAGUACUUGGUUUACGCGCGGUCUGUGCGUAUGGUGGAUCACCGAUCAAGGAUCAGAUUGCGGAUCUUAAGCGAGGUUGUGAAAUCAUUGUAUGUACUCCUGGACGAAUGAUUGAUUUAUUAUGUGCCAACUCGGGACGCGUUACAAACCUCAGACGUGUUACUUACUUGGUGCUUGAUGAAGCUGAUCGCAUGUUCGAUAUGGGAUUUGAGCCACAGGUUAUGAAAAUCGUCAACAAUGUACGACCAAGCAAGCAAACAGUGCUAUUCUCUGCCACAUUCCCUCGACAGAUGGAGGCAUUGGCACGCAAAGUACUCAAGAAACCUUUGGAGAUUACGGUGGGCGGUCGUAGCGUUGUGUGUAGCGAUGUUGAUCAACGAGUGGAGGUACGAGAAGAUUCGACCAAGUUUGUACGUCUUUUGGAAAUUCUUGGCCAAUUCUUUAAUGAUGAAGGCGAUGAAGAUGCACGAGCCCUUAUUUUUGUCGAUCGCCAUGAAGCUGCUGAUAAUCUCUUACGUGAUCUUAUUCGUCGUGGUUACCCUUGUCAAUCACUCCAUGGUGGCAAGGAUCAAGCGGAUCGAGACAGCACCAUUGCUGAUUUCAAGUCAGGUGUAAGCAACAUUUUGAUCGCUACUUCGGUCGCUGCACGUGGUUUGGAUGUCAAGCAACUCAAGCUCGUGGUCAACUAUGAAUCUCCCAACCACAUGGAAGACUAUGUUCAUCGUGUGGGUCGUACUGGACGUGCUGGUAACAAGGGAACAGCCUACACAUUCAUUACCCCGGAUCAAGAUCGUUAUGCCACCGAUAUUUGCAAAGCGCUCAAAUUGAGUGGUCAAGCUGUGCCAGCGGACUUGCAGACAUUAGCUGAUCAAUUCCAAGAGAAGGUUAAGGCUGGUAAGGAGCGAAUGGCAAGUUCUGGAUUUGGUGGCAAGGGUCUUGAACGCCUUGAUAAGGAUCGUGAUCUCGUCAAAAAGAUACAAAAGAGAGCUUAUGGUGGCGAAGAUAUGGAAGAAUCAGAUGAGGAAGAACUUGAGUUGGAGAGCCGCAUCGUAUCGGGAGAAGGCAAAAAGGAGACUGGUGCCGCAACUUCAGCCACAUCAGCUGCAGCAACACCUACUGCUACUACGACUACUACGACUACUGCUAAUGCAUCUACAGCAGGUGCCGCUGCACCCAUUGCAUCUGAAGCAGCUAACGCCAAUGAUCCUGUCAGUGCAGCUGCAAGAAAGGCCGCCGAAGUAGCAGCACGUAUCAAUGCCAUGGUGGGAUCUUCAAAGGCAACACCCCAAACGACAACGACGGAUGAUAAGAAGGAUGAAGGUAACCCUGUCUACGCGGAAGAGAUUGUCAUCAAUGAUUACCCGCAAAAAGCACGAUGGCGUGUCACAAACAAGGAACAAAUCUCACAAAUUACAGAAGUAUCUGGUGCAGCCAUUACCACACGAGGCACGUUUUUCCCGCCAGGAAAGCAACCUGGUCCAAACGAACGGAAAUUGUACUUGUUUAUUGAAGGAGAUUCCGAAUUGGUUGUGGAAAAAGCCAAGACUGAGAUCAAGCGCAUAUUGGUGGAAGCUACGGUUGCACAAAUGGAAGCUGAAGCUAGAACGGGAGGUGGUGGUCGUUAUUCUGUUGUAUAA